GCGGCGGUGGUGGCGGCGGUAGCAGUAGUGUCAAUAAUACAAUAGGGCUCUUGUACCGCAGCCUGGCCUGCCAAGAGGGAGAGUACAAGGGCAAGGGCCCGCUUCCCCCAGAGCACGAGAGGAAAGAGGGGAAGCAGGCGGCAUGUUGCAGGGCCCUAGUCAGGACAGGCAGGCCCGGGGGCAGCGCCGCUGCGACUGAAGAACGGGGGCACCGAUGAGCAACGCGAGAUAGCAGUAGCCUGAGCAAGAACCGAGCUCCAGGCCUGGUGGAGCGCAAACCGUGGUCACCGCCAUCUCCAGAGCCACAAGGAUGCGUCAGGAUGAAACGCUACAGGCAUCUAAGCAGCAGUGACAGUUCAGACAAUGAAAGUCCUUCCACUUCUUUCUCCUUUUGUUCUAAAUACAGAAGCAAAUCAAAAACACCAGCAAAUGAACAAAAAAAGCCUGCCGAGGUGUUUCGAAAGGACCUCAUAAGUGCCAUGAAACUGCCAGACUCUCAUCAUAUUAACCCAGAUGAAUAUUACUUGUUUGCGGAUACCUGGAAACAAGAAUGGGAAAAGGGUGUUCAAGUCCCUGCAAGCCCAGAAACUAUUCCAAAACCUUCUCUCAGAAUUGUAGCAGAAAAAGUAAAGCAAGUACUUUAUACACGGCCCAGAAAGUACAUCCAUUGUUCAAGCCAAGAGUCUGCUGAACCUGGCUACAUCAACAUUCUAGAAUUGGCAGAAUCAAUGUGUCGAUAUGACUUGGAUGACAUGGAUAUCUUCUGGCUUCAGGAAGUAAAUGAGGAACUUGCUGAAAUGGGAUAUGGACAGCUUGAUGAAAAUACCAUGGAGAAAUUGGUAGAAGUCCUGGAACGUCACUGUCAUGAGAAUAUGAACCAUGCCAUUGAAACAGAGGAAGGGCUUGGUAUAGAAUAUGAUGAAGAUGUAAUCUGUGAUGUAUGCCGAUCUCCUGAUAGUGAAGAUGGAAAUGAUAUGGUGUUUUGUGAUAAAUGUAACAUCUGUGUGCAUCAGGCAUGCUAUGGCAUCCUAAAAGUUCCUGAGGGGAGUUGGCUUUGCCGUACUUGUGUUUUAGGUAUACAUCCUCAGUGUCUCUUGUGUCCAAAGAGGGGUGGAGCUAUGAAAGCUACAAGAACGGGUACUAAGUGGGCACAUGUGAGUUGUGCUCUCUGGAUUCCAGAGGUAAGCAUUGCUUGUCCAGAAAGGAUGGAACCGAUUACAAAAGUGUCUCACAUUCCUCCAAGUAGAUGGGCUUUAGUUUGCAGUUUAUGCAAAGUGAAAACUGGUGCUUGUAUCCAGUGCUCUGUGAAGAGCUGUAUCACUGCCUUUCAUGUCACAUGUGCCUUUGAGCAUAGCUUAGAAAUGAAAACAAUCCUGGAUGAUGGUGAUGAAGUCAAGUUCAAGUCAUAUUGUCUAAAGCAUAGCAAAACCAAGCAAAAUUUGAUACUUGAUACAGAGAACCUCAAGAGCACAGUAGACCAGAAGCAAACUGAGAGUGAGAAAACCAGUUUGCGUGCUCAGAAACUUCAAGAACUGGAGGAAGAGUUCUAUUCACUUGUGAGAAUAGAUGAUGUUGCAGCAGAACUGGGGCUUCCGAAGCUCACUGUGGACUUGACCUUUAAUUACUGGAAAUUAAAAAGGAAGAGUAACUUUAAUAAACCAUUAUUUCCUCCCAAGGAGGAUGAAGAAAAUGGCUUGAUUCAGCCAAAAGAAGAUAGCAUUCAUACUCGAAUGAGGAUGUUUAUGCAUUUGAGACAGGAUUUAGAGAGGGUAAGGAAUCUUUGCUACAUGGUAAGCAGAAGAGAAAAAAUAAAACUUUCUCAUAGCAAAGCACAUGAACAGAUCUUCAAUUUACAAGUCCAACUUAUUAAUCAGGAAAUUGCUGCAGGUAAUGAAUGCAUAACAGACAUUUUCUAUAUAUUCAUAUCUCUCUCAACCUUUGAAAACCCUACGUUCACUGGACAAACUCUUCCCACCCGCUCACCCAUUGAUCAAGAGUCUGGGAAGCGGAGGGUCCUUGGGGAUAUUCGGCUUGCGGACGCAGCUCUGAAGGCCCGAAACCGGAUCGAUCCCAACGGCAAUUACUUCGACGUCGGAGCUUGCGGCUGCAGCUCCGACGGGCGUCAAAGACUCUACCGGGUCGCUCCUAACCUUCCUGAGACCGGUGCAAGCGGCUACGGCUUUGAAGCCUUUGGGGCAGCCGGAUCGAUCUAA